GCAGCUUUCCAUUACCUGCUGCUCCUAUCAACAAUGUUGAGCAGAAGCUGAUCAAGGAAGAAGCUUCUUUAGAUCACAGACCUCGUGCCGACAUGCAUGAAACAAAGCCCCCCCACGUAAAAGAGGAAUGGAAGGAAGUCUACAUCAGUCUGCCAGGAGAGCAGCUCAAUGGGAAGGAGGUGAAUAAUGCCAUCAGGUUUCCAAUGGCUGCUCCUCCCAUAAAAUGUCUGGACGAUGAACAGUCUCUGCUGCUCUCACAGGUUUAUCCAGACCAACUUAAAAGCAAAGAGCUUCCAGAAGAGAAUGAUGGAGAAGAAUCCAUCAGGAUACAAGAUCAUGCAGAUGCUUCUAUUUCUUUAGAGACAGAAGACACUGAGAACUGUGGCAAAACAUUUAUUGGAAAAUACACUUUAAACACACACAUGAGAAUCCAUACAGGACAGAAGCCUUUCUGUUGUGAUCUAUGCGGACAAAGUUUUUGCAGAAGAGAACAUUUAACCAGACACAGGGGAACCCACAUAGGACAUAAGCCCUUUUGUUGUGAUUUAUGUGGAAACAGAUUUAGCCAAAAUGGAUCUUUAAAAAGACACAUGAGAAUCCAUACAGGACAGAAGCCUUUCUGUUGUGAUCUCUGUGGAAAAAGAUUUUGGGAAAAACAAAACUUAGCCAUACACAUGGGAAUCCACAUAGGAGUGAAGCACUUCUGUUGUGAUCUGUGUGGACAAAGAUUUAGCCGAAAUACAACUUUAAACAGACACAUGAAAAUCCAUACAGGACAGAAGCCUUUUUGUUGUGAACUAUGUGGAAAAACAUUUAGCCAAAAGUCAACUUUAAACACACACAUGAAAAUCCAUACAGGACUGAAGCCUUUCUGUUGUGAUCUAUGUGGAAAACGAUUUAGCGAAAAGUCAGGUUUAAACACACACAUGAGAAUCCAUACAGGACAGAAGCCUUUCUGCUGUGACACAUGUGGAAAAAGAUUUCGCAUAAGAGGACAUUUAAACAGACACACGAGAAUCCAUACAGGACAUAAGCCUUUCUGUUGUGACACAUGUGGAAAAAGAUUUAGACAAAAUACAACUUUAAACAGACACAUGAGAAUCCAUACAGGACAGAAG